GUGAGGUUAAAAGAAAAAGUGAGAAGAAGAAAGAGGUGGAUCUCAGAAACAAACAGAUUAUAGCAAUCUAUUUCAUCUUUUGCGUCAUAUUUCUUCACUACCCAUCAAUGCUUCAGAAGCUGAACAGAAUCACUAUGCUGAAUCUUGGGCAUUCUAUCUCCAUCACCGCAGCUGCAUUUAAACAAUACUCAACCCUUCCCUUAAACCCUUAUGCAAACCCCACAGAGCCCUUAACAAAACCCCAGCUCAAGCCCCUGGUUCCCUCCCAAUACUCCCAUGGAAACUUCUCCAAACUUGUCCAGAAUGUCAUUGCUUUGCCCUCUGUCCUCCUCACUGCCUGCCAAAACCUCACCAGCCCUGGCAACACAACGCCAGAGACAGCUCAGUCACUUCCUCAUUUUCUGGAUUCCUUCUCCAAACACUUCUCCAUAAUUGAAAUGAGUGGUGAAAUUAGAGAAAAUCAGUUUGAUAUUGAGUCUUGCUGUGUCAAAAUGACACAAUCAAGGGAUAAAGGUGAGCCUCUGGUUCUGCCCAAUUUGAAAUUGAAGGUUUUGAUCGAAGCUAUCAGGAUGGUAUUGGAAAUUGUCUAUGAUGAACGGUUUGUCACAUUUUCUUACGGUGGCCGUGUUGGUAUGGGAAGGCAUACUGCAAUUAGGCUCAAGAGGUUGUUUGAAUGUGUAGUGAGAAUUGAACGGGGUGGGUGUUAUUUAGGAAGAGGUUUUCCGCAGUGUUCAAUUUUGAUUAAUAUUUGCUUUGGUAGUUUGGAUAAAGAGAUCCAAGAAAUGCGCCUUAAAAUGAAUCAGAAUAAUCCCAAAGUUGAUUCGAGGUCUAAGAUGUCAAUAUUGGCUUUGAAGAACCAGAUCUUGAAAUUUUUGGAGGUGAAUUCGGAUUUGAAGGUUGAUAGGUUAAAAACAGCUGUCCAUAGUGCUGUUUCAGAGAAAAUUAACUUCUUGGGGAUGGAACUGCAAGCUGUUUCACCUACGGUUUUGCAUCCCUCUGUCAGAGAAAGCAAUUAGAGCGACAAAGAAGUUUCUCAGAUAGAAGUUAGAGCUUUGGACUUGAUAAAAGGCCGGGCGAGGAACUGGAGGAAAAUGGGUUUGAAAAUAUUGAAACAUGUUUUUAAGAAGUUGAAGCAGAGUAAUGGGAUUAAAUUUGAAUUUCAAAU